ACUAAGGAAUUUCAAGAAUAAGAAAAACUCAUUACACUAGAGCUAAUUAUAUGUACAAAAAAAUCCAGAAAAUUGUGCUAAUUAUUUGCACUAAUUACUGGAAAACUGGAAAUGGACGCAGCAAAAUUGGAAGAAGUGUUGAGGGUUUUUGAUAAGGCUCUUUCUCAAAUUAAAUGGAGGCUUAAGCCUUCUUCUAAAUCGCGGCUUCAAACCGAUAUUUUGGCUUUGUGUUCAAGAAUGAGACCUUGCAUCAUGGUAGAUUAUGGUGGGAAGAUGCCUGAAUUGGGGAAUAAUCUUUGUGCAUUUCUUGAACACUGCAAGAAGGAGUCCUCGAUAUGUAAGCUUUUGCACGUCUUGGUAGUAGAUGAUAUGGUGUAUCUGGUUGAGGCCAGAGCACUUGCAGACUUCGUCAAAUCAAGUUUGGAAACUGCAGUGCUAUUUGUGGACCUCGAAACUGAUCCUCCAAAGAUGAUGACACAGGCAGAGGAAAGCCCUGCAAUGGUUCAGCUUCUGUCAGCUCAAAAGUUGUUCUCCUCUGUUUUUCACACGGAUGGAGUAAACGGUGAUCACUUUCAAAGACGAGAAACUCAGAACAUUGGAUCCUCUCUUGAUGGACCGGCUGUUUUUGAAUCUCCUGUGAUGGUCGAUCUAAGCCACUGCCUUCAGGAAAGUGAUGUAACCAUCCCAACGCUUAACGGAUGGCUGCUUGGUUACCCUGUUGUUUAUUUGUUUGGGAAGGACCAUAUUGAGCGUGCUGUUUAUAAUCUCUCUUCCAAGUCUCUUCACAUCUAUCAAAUAUUUGUCACCAGGUCUAACUCAUCAAGCAAAGGAAAUCGGAAAGAAGAACUGAUGAGUUUUACAGUGCCUUAUGACUUGAGCCUGGAGGGAAGCAAUGAACCAUGGGCAAAGUCAUUUCUGGCUGCCUUGAAGGAAAGGUGGGAGAAGUGCAAGCACAUCUGGGGAUCUCUACAUAUGGAGGUUGGCUACUUAUUGGAGAUCCAAGUAAAACAGAUCUUGUUGAGACACAUAAAACGCAAUAAUGAAACUGAUGAGCUUAUGUUUCUUGCCUAGCAAUGCCUUCUAUUUUGUGCUAUUUUGUGCAAAGAAGUAAUCUGUCUUAGUAGUCUCUUAUCUGCCUCCGAACUAUAGCACUGACUUUUAGAGACGUGUUCUGCCACUAUAUUCGGCAUUGGAUGUGCUCAUAAUGAUUACUGUACUUGUAUAGUUUUAUCAAUCUGGUGAAGUUUGGUUGUGACAUUUAAGGGCUGCUUCAUGCCUUAUUAUCUAUAUAGGUAUAUCCUGGAUUAGAAUAUUCUGGUAUAUCAAGAUAACAUAGAAAUAUUUCAGAUGAUAGUGAUGGCUGAAACUUUGGAUAAAAUAAUAUACUCACACAUAUUGACAAGGACAUCACUUUUGUCUUAAUUGAAUUACAUGUGAAGUUUUUGCCUAAUUAAUAAAAAAAAUUUAGUGACUUUUUGUCACAAUUGAA